GGCCGGGCACCUGCUCCCGCCCCGGGGGCGGAGCGGCGGCGGUGAAAUAGGGGCGGCGGAGCGGGGCGCGCUCCCAUGGCCCGGCGGAGGUGGUGGAGGAGCGGUGCCGGUGCCGGUGGCCGUGCCCCGGUGUCCCGGUGGCUGCGGGGCGACAUGCCGGGGGGGCGGCGCUGGAGGCGGUGGUGGCGGCGCUGAAGCCGGCCGGUGGCGGAGCGGCGAUGCGGCUGCUCGGAGCCUUCCUGCGGCUGCUGCUGGCCGGGGCGCUGGGGGCCCCGGCCCCGGAGGCGCGGGGGGCAGCCAGCGCCGAGGCGCACGUCGUGAGCUUUAAGGAGAUCUGGAAUCGCAGCUUCUGCCGGCCGCUGGAGCAGCUGGUGGACGUCAUCGCCGAGUUCCCCGACGAGGUGGAGUACAUCUUCAGACCCUCCUGCGUCGCCCUGCAGCGCUGCGGGGGCUGCUGCGGGGAUGAGGGGCUCCGCUGUGUCCCCGUGGAGACCAGCACGGUCACCAUGCAGCUCCUGAAGAUAAAGCCCAACGGGGAGGCACCCUACGUGGAGAUGUCGUUCACUGAGCACAAGAAGUGUGAGUGCAGGCCACGGCAGGACCCGGUGAGGCCGGGGAGUCUCUCUUGUGCUGCUUUCCUUUUGAAGGAGGAGACCCAAGGGCCGAGGUAAGAGAAGAGGAGAGAAGAAGAGACGUAAAGACUGUGAGCUAUGCGGCAUGCCGCGCAGGUAGCCUCCGCUCUGCCCCCGGCCUCGCUCCUGCCUCCGGGGCCUGAUCCAGUCCCAUUCCUGCCCAGCGCGGGGGACGUGCGGAGCUGAGUGAUGGUGGCUGGGGAGCAGAUCCGCAGCGGGAAGGAGCCGACGGGACUCUUGCUUGGCCCUGGAGCCGAGGACUCCCUCGCCCUGUCUGCACCGGUUGCAGCAGGACUAAAGGACCCUUGAAGGAGGAUGAGGAGCUGGAGCUGCACCGUGGUGCUGGAGGGCCGCGAGGAACGGAGCUGGUGGAUGUGCUGCUGGGGGUGGCAUGGGGUGGGGGCUGCAGCCACGGAACUGCUCUGUCCUGCCUGGGCAGGGGGAGGAGGGACAGCCGGGACAGGCAGGGCUGCAUCGCUCCCAGCUUGGCACGGAGCAGCCCAGGAGGUGCCAGGGUGGGUGGGGAGCUGGCCUGGGGAGGCCUCCUGGGGGGCACGGGGAGGGAGCUGGGGUGCUGUGGGCCUUCCUGUGCUCGUAUCCUCAUCGUGGCCUCCCCCUUCUCAAUAAAAGCUGGGGGCAGACCCAGGAGCUGGCA